AUGUUGAUUUACAAAGCUAACAAGCACCUCCAGAGACUGCUGUCUCCAUUUAAACGGCGGCGGUAUGGCGAUGUUUCCGCGGGGAAAACCUCCCGACUGGUUUUGGGCAUCGAGACGAGCUGCGACGACACCGGAGCCGCCGUGCUCAGCGAGGAAGGCACUAUACUGGGAGAGUCACUACACUCCCAAAAAGAGGUGCACCUUAGGACGGGCGGCAUCAUCCCCGCUGUGGCCCAGCAGCUCCACAGGGAGCACAUUGAACGUGUCGUCCAAGAAGCGUUGGACCACAGUGGUGUCGACCCGGGCCAGCUAUCGGCCGUGGCCACCACGGUGAAGCCAGGCCUGGCUCUGAGCUUGGGCGUAGGCCUCAAAUUCAGCCUGGAUUUCGUCAGGCGCCAUCACACACCCUUCAUCCCCAUCCACCACAUGGAGGCCCACGCCUUGACUGUCCGCCUGCUCCAGCCCGUCUCCUUCCCCUUCCUGGUGCUGCUCGUGUCAGGUGGCCACUCGCUGCUUGCCGUCGCUCGCGGCGUGGAUGAUUUCCUUCUGUUGGGUCGCACUCUGGACGAAGCUCCAGGUGACACUCUUGAUAAGGUGGCUAGACGUCUGUCACUCAUAAAGCACCCGCGCUGCUCCACCUUGAGCGGAGGACAAGCCAUCGAACUACUGGCAAAGGACGGCGACCGCUCGAGGUUUCCUUUCAAAACGCCAAUGGGGCAAACGUACGACUGCUGCUUCUCUUUUGCCGGCUUACGAAAUCAAGUUACCAUGACGAUAGAAAAAAUGGAAGCAGCAGAAGGAAUCGAUCGUGGAGCUCUGUUGUCCUGCGUGAACGACAUUGCAGCCGCGACGCAGCAUACGGUCGCGUGCCAUCUGGCCAAGCGCAUGCAUCGCGCCAUCUUGUUCUGUAAGGCCAACGGGCUGCUGCCGUCACUCGCGCCCACACUGAUUGUGUCCGGCGGCGUUGCGAGCAACGAGUACAUCCGUAGAGCUCUGGGCGUCAUCACCGACGCGACCGGCCUCCACCUGGUCUGCCCUCCCGCCAAAUUCUGCACUGACAACGGCGUGAUGAUCGCGUGGAAUGGUGUUGAACGACUCAGGGAAGGGAAAGGAAUCCUGCCUCCCGACGCGGACGUUAGCUACGAACCAAAGGCACCACUUGGUGUUGACCUCACGUCACAAGUGAAGGCAGCGGCCAUCCCAGUCCCGCGAAUCCGGAUGAACAUUUAA